AUGGCCACACCGCAAAGGGCAACACAAGGAAUGAAAGUUCUUUCCGUAAAGACGGGCCGCGUAGCAAAGAACUCGACACCCAGGAAGAAGGCGCCGUCUCUGUCUGCCUCUCCUCCAUUAACGCGAAAGGAGAAGUCCACCAAAGCAACCAGCGAAGAAGCCAGCACAAUCGACCAACCACUCAGCAUCCUCACCAAGGAGUGGGAUAUGCCGAUCGUUGAUAUCGAGGCCUACGUCCAUAGGUCUGCAGACGAGCGGCAUGAAGAGGUCGAUCACGGCAAAGAGCCUGGCAAAGUCAAACGUGCCAUGAACGCCUUUAUGUUGUAUAGAAAGGCUUACCAAAACCGAGCCAAAAAAUGGGCACAUCAGUCCAAGCACCAGAUCGUCUCCAAGGUGUGUGCCCAAAGUUGGUUCAUCGAACCAGACAACGUCCGCCAGCAGUUCAAUGAUUGGGCCGUGAUCGAGCGGGACAAUCAUCGCAAAGCUCAUCCGGAGUACAAAUUCACACCAUCAAAGCCUCGGAAGAAGGGCAAGGAUGAGUUUGGCGAAGAUUCGGGUGUCGAUGAUGACUGGGAAGCCUCGGGUCACCGGGAUCCGAAGCAUCGGUCAACCAGCAGGACACCUAUAAUGGACCCGCACGGUGGGCCGUACGGACCCCCCUAUUCCACAGUGGCUGUUCCCGACGCACAAUCAUACGGCGCGUAUCACCAUAGACAUCCGCAACAAUUGGCGAACCCGGCAAGACACACCCCCACGCCAUACGACACGGAGGACUAUCACGUGGCUGGGCCGGGAAUACACUAUCGCCAUAUUCCUACAGGCCAUCACCAUCAGCUCGAGAACAUGGUGUACACAAACACGGCACAGCAAAGCAUGGGCGUGGGCUUAGGCCCUGCUCAACAUUCGACAGGAUACCAAUCCUUUGAAUACAACGCACAAUACGCUUCACAGGCCCCGGCUGCUGCACACCACCACCGCUCCCAUGGACACCCUGCCGGUGGCGUAGGGCAACAGAUCGAUCCUUCGCUUAUGUCCAGGGAUGGUAUCCCUCAGUACGACAUAUCUAACCCCGUUCUCACAACUGGGGGGCUGGGUGAAUCCCAGUGGCAGCCAACCCUCCACACCGCAGCAGACACAAAUGAGAUAUAUGCUGGCCCGUAUCUUGCUGAGGUGGAGGAGAGUCUGAUCCCAGAUAACCAUCUUCAGUAUCUUCAGGGCGAUAACGAAAGCUGGAAAGUCGAUUCUGUUAAUGAGGCCGAUAAUUGGCAUGGUUUGGGUGGAGCUUAA